GUCAAAUUUAAGGUUAGAAAACCAAAGGCAUUUGAUUUAAACAAACCAAUUCGGUUGUCCAGAUGAAAACAAGGCCAAACAUGUCUUAACAAAAAGGCGAAGAAUCCGAGAAGAUCCAUCACACACAACUUCUCAUUUUUAUGUAUGAAUUGAUCACCACAACGAAUGAGUUUGCAACCAAAACACGCAGCAAGUUGUUGCGAUGGUUCAAAAGACUGUGUUGAAGGUCAACAUAUCAUGCGACAAAUGCAAGACCAACAUCCUCAAAGCUGUAUCAGGCUUACAAGGGGUUGAUAAAGUGGAAGUGGAUGGUGCAAAGGGAACAGUAAGCGUGACAGGUGAUGCAGAUCCCUACGAGAUAAUAGUAAAAACGAGGAAAGCUGGGAAGUUUGCAGAAGUGGUGAGUAUCGGGCCUCCUCCAAAACCGCAAGAGAAAAAGCCCGAACAGAAAAAGCCCGAAGAAAAAAAGGCAGACCACAAACCACAUGACCACAUUCCCUUCAUUUGCCCACUUUGUGAGAGGUUGCCGGUUUUCCCCAUCACCCCUUCGGAACAGCCUACUCCUCAAUGCAACAUCUUGUGAUUAUUAUUUUUCCCCCAAAUACUUUAUUUUAUUAUUUUCUUAAGAAUAUAUAUGGGAAACUAUUGAUGCUUGUAAUUCGAAUGUUCCAUUACUAAUUCUAAUUCAACUUUAGAAAGAAUAUAUCAUUUGAUUGGAAACGAAUUUAUCUUGGAAAAUUAAUUUAAUUCUAUAGUUUUUGUUUU